UGUAGUAGAUGAUAUGUUUGAAAGGUUUCAGGAGGCACCAUCGGAGGAAUAACCAGAAGAAGAAGAAGAAGAAGAAGAAGAAGAAGAAGAAGAAGAAGAAGAAGAAGAAGAAGAAGAAGAAGAAGAAGAAGAAGAAGAAGAAGAAGAAGAAGAAGAAGAAGAAGAAGAAGAAGAAGAAGAAGAAGAAGAAGAAGAAGAAGAAGAAGAAGAGGAGAGUGAGGAGGAGUCUCUGCUCAAUGGAGAAGAGGAACAGCAGAAGCUGAGAAGAAAGCAGCAGCUGAGGC